CAGCGACAGGUUUUGUUGUCAUUUGUCAAUAUGUCAUGUUUGUACGUCGUUAAUAUUUUGUUUUAAAUGAAUUAAACGAAUUAAAUUUAUCCAUUGGAAUCUAUGGAGAGGUUAAGAAGCAAAUCGUUUCGUUUAAGAGAAUAAGCUGAUAUCGAAUUCACUACAUCAUAAGCCUUGUAAUUAUUAAAAACUUAUAAAAUGGAAGAGCAGGGGCCAGAAGUAACGUUUUUAUUUCAAUUUGGACUUAUCAGGGAUGCAGUGACAGUGCCACAAUCAUCCCUUAAUUUAAAAACAAUAAAAAACUUGGCUUGUAACUUUCUAAACUCCAAGAUUCCUGACCAUGGUAUUAACCAGAUUGAACAAAGAAUACUGUUGUUUAGACAUGAAUAUAAUUCAAAUAAUAUUCUUCAAUUUAUUAAUUCAGCCUCCGAGAUAAUGGAUGAGACUCUAGUAGAAAUAGUUUUAACUAAUAAAGUGCCAGCAUCAUUGGUUCCAGAAAUAACAAUAGUUAGGCCUCAUGCACUUUCAGUUCACUCUUAUAAAACUCCAACUUUUUGUGAUUUUUGUGGAGAAAUGUUAUUUGGCUUAGUAAGACAAGGACUUAAAUGUGAUGGUUGUGGUUUAAAUUAUCAUAAACGUUGUGUAGUUAAAGUACCAAACAAUUGUUCAUAUACUUUGAUAGAGGACCGACAAAGACGUAGGUCUGCCAAUUUGCAAGUGCCAAGAAGUGCUUCUGGUGGUUCGGGAGGAUCAACUUCUUCCCUUACUUCAGCCAAUUCAACACAAACUGAAGACAGUGGCUUGACCUUCAACAAGUCUUCACCUUCGCUGGGCGGCCGCCCGGCAUGGGUGGAAAAAGAAAUGUCCGGGCGCAUGCGCAUUCCGCACACGUUCGUAUUGCACUCGUACACCCGACCAACCGUAUGUCAAUAUUGCAAGAAACUGCUGAAGGGUCUGUUUAAGCAGGGCCUGCAAUGCAAAGAUUGCAACUAUAACGCUCAUAAGAAAUGUCUAGAUAGGGUACCUAAAGACUGCACUGGGGAGCUGCCAAGAGAUGCUUCAGGCAAUUUUGAAUACGCCGAAAGUUCCACUAGUAACGAUAGCCAUAGUAACUUAAAUCUAUUAGAUGACCAAGAUUCGGAUAAAGCUACCUACCACGAAAAUGGUGCUAAUAAAUACAUAGAAGUGAUACCGGUUCACGAUGAUGACAACGAGUUAACUCCUUCCAUAGGUAGUUCGUCGUCGUCGCCCAGCGCCAACAUUCCGUUGCAACGAAUAGUUCAAUCGGUGAAGCACACGAAAAGAAGAGGCUCGAAGGUGAUCAAAGAAGGCUGGCUGGUGCACUUCACGAACAAAGACCGAACGGUCAGGCGGCACUUCUGGCGCGUGGACACGAAGUCGAUCGUGCUGUUCCAGAGCGACCAGGGCUCCAAGUACUACAAAGAAGUACCGCUGUCGGAAAUUUUGACGAUCGACUCGGCGCGCAUCAAGCAGGGCGACGUGAUGCACUGCUUCGAGAUAAGAACGGCCAACGUGGAUUAUUUCGUCGGGCAGGAUCCUUUGUACAAUUUGCAGGACGUAAAUUCCGUGAACUUGCCUCCGCCCGAUAGCGGCAUCGGUGCCUAUCUUGCCAAAAGUUGGGAGAACACCAUGCGACAAGCCUUGCUGCCCGUUACGGCGAAUACACAACCAGAGGACACUUCAGUCAGUGAAGAGCAAAUAACUGAUAUGAGUCAAAUUUAUCAAAUAUUUCCAGAUGAAGUUUUGGGAUCUGGGCAGUUUGGUAUUGUGUAUGGUGGGGUGCAUCGAAGGACAUCUAGAGCAGUAGCAAUUAAGGUAAUAGACAAACUGCGUUUCCCGACAAAACAGGAAGCGCAGCUGAAGAACGAAGUGGCAAUCCUGCAAAACCUGUCGCACCCCGGCGUCGUGAACCUGGAACGGAUGUUCGAAACGCCCGAACGAAUUUUCGUCGUGAUGGAGAAACUUAAGGGAGACAUGCUGGAAAUGAUCUUGUCGCACGAGAAAGGCCGGCUGACGGAACGCGUCACCAAAUUCCUCAUCACUCAGAUACUGAUAGCUUUAAAACAUUUGCAUAGCAAAAACAUCGUUCACUGUGAUUUGAAGCCCGAAAAUGUGCUUCUCAGCUCGGACGCCGAGUAUCCGCAAGUCAAGUUGUGCGACUUCGGGUUCGCCAGGAUUAUCGGCGAGAAGUCCUUCCGCAGAUCCGUUGUAGGAACUCCCGCUUAUUUAGCUCCCGAAGUGUUAAGAAACAAGGGAUACAAUCGCUCAUUAGACAUGUGGAGUGUAGGCGUAAUAGUCUACGUAAGCCUUAGCGGAACGUUUCCGUUCAACGAGGACGAAGAUAUAAACGAACAGAUUCAGAAUGCCGCCUUUAUGUACCCGCCAAAUCCUUGGAAGGAAAUAUCCUCUGAUGCUAUUGAUCUGAUUAAUAACUUAUUGCAAGUUAAGCAAAGGAAGAGGUAUACUGUGGAUAAAUCGUUGCAGCAUGUUUGGUUACAGGAUUACGAUACAUGGAGCGAUCUGCGCACGUUGGAAAACCAGAUCGGACCGCGCUAUUUGACGCACGAAUCCGACGACGCGAGAUGGGAGCGCCACCGUGCGGAUCUUCUUUGACCCGAGAAAGGUUGGCUGCACAAUGUCAAAAAGUGCCUUCGUGGUAUGAAGACAUGAGUCAUCCAUAAACCGAAAAUUACUGCUGUUUUAUCUCUAUAUAGUCUGUUCAAUAAGUGAAAAAGACGCGUGCCACCCAAAAAGUAUGUCCUAUUUAAAUACGUUAUUUUAUCAUCG